AUGAUGCAAAGCAGAGCUGCUUCGGCGAGAACUCGGGAACGCCCGAAAGCCCUUUCUGUGCCCAAGGGGGGCGGGGGAGGUUGCGCCGCCUUCGCCACCAACAUGCCCUUUGACUUCAGGAGGUUUGACAUCUACAGGAAGGUGCCAAAAGACCUUACGCAGCCAACCUUUACAGGAGCAAUUAUCUCUGUCUGCUGCUGUCUCUUCAUACUGUUUCUCUUCCUGUCUGAGCUUACUGGAUUCAUAGCAACUGAAAUCGUUAACGAGCUCUAUGUGGAUGACCCGGACAAAGACAGUGGUGGCAAAAUAGAAGUGACUUUGAACAUCAGCUUGCCAAAUCUGCACUGUGAAUUGAUUGGACUGGAUAUUCAAGAUGAAAUGGGAAGACAUGAAGUUGGUCACAUUGACAACUCGAUGAAAAUUCCUCUGAAUAAUGGGGAUGGAUGCCGGUUCGAGGGCCACUUCAGCAUCAAUAAGGUCCCGGGUAAUUUCCACGUGUCAACACACAGCGCCACUGCACAGCCGCAGAAUCCCGAUAUGACGCACGUCAUCCACAAGCUCUCCUUCGGUGACAAGCUUCAGGUCCGGAAUAUCCAUGGAGCGUUCAAUGCUUUAGAGGGCGCGGACAAGCUCAGCUCAAACCCCCUUGCGUCCCAUGAUUAUAUACUGAAGAUUGUCCCAACCGUGUACGAAGAGAUGAAUGGUAAACAGCGGUACUCGUAUCAGUAUACUGUAGCCAAUAAGGAAUAUGUUGCUUACAGCCACACAGGGCGCAUCAUUCCAGCCAUCUGGUUCCGUUAUGACCUGAGUCCCAUCACAGUGAAAUACACAGAAAGGCGACAGCCCUUGUACAGGUUUAUCACAACAAUUUGUGCCAUUAUUGGAGGAACAUUUACCGUGGCUGGAAUUCUUGACUCCUGCAUUUUCACCGCAUCUGAAGCCUGGAAAAAGAUCCAACUAGGGAAGAUGCAGUAGCAAAGUGACUCUCAUUCCGGCCCAUGAGACAGAAGCAAUGAGUGAAAAGCCCACUGCUAUCAAUUUCUGCCUUGUGUAUGAGGUUGAAUUGGCACGUCUUUAGUUAGAUCAUGGAAAGCGCUGAUGAAGGAGCAAAAACUGGAAACAAACCUACAUGUCUGAAAGUUGGCAGCAUUAAACAGGGGGCUUGUGGUUCUAUACUUUCUGAAUGGAAAUGGUUGUGGAGAUUAAUUGCCCUUUUGAUUUUAAAACUAAAACCUAUAAAUCUGACUAGCACAAUUAUUUUAGAAGCUUCCAAGGUGCUGAAAUUCUUACAGUUCAAACGAUUAUAUAAA